GUAGCUUAUGUAUAACUGGCAAACUCCCAAGCCUAUGAAUUUACUGGAACUGCGUUCCUCUUGUGGCACAUUAAAUGCUCUGAAGCAAAGGGAAACUGAAAGGAAAUCAUACCUUUCUACAGAGGUAAAGUCCACCUGCAGCUAAAAGCAGAACUGUCUGUUUUAUCUACAAAUUAGCUUGAAUAACCAUCUUACUAUACCCAGCUGAACUCUACAAAGCCACCAGCCACGUCUACAGUGCACUUAAAGGAUGACAGACAAGAUUCAGGUGCAAAAAUAAAUCAUGGAAAAAACAGAAUUGCAGACACCACAGCCUGCAUUUAAAAUUAGUUCCAGCCAUAAUAGCUCUAAACAGGAGCCAGAUGGAAGUCAGGUGAAGUAUGAAGAUGAGCAAAAAAGUCCAAACAAUAAGAAUUCUUCCAAAGAAUCUAUCUUAAGAAGUUUCAGAAGAAGCAAACGACAAUCAAAGGAACAGGUCAAGGAAGAAGAUAAAUUACCAGAGAAAGAACAGACCAAUAAUCGCAGGUCCUUAACUUCAAAAAUAAAGGAGAGCUUCAGAGUAAAAAAAGUAACUGACAACAAACCUUUCCAAGAGGGAGAUGAACCAAUAGGAGAAAGAGAUGAGGAAACCAGUGAAAUGACUGAAGUGCUGUCAGUGAUGCAGAUUGAUGAACUUAUUAAGAUGAAACAGCUCAAAAAGGCAUUUUCAAGCAUAGCGUUCAUGGAAAAAUCCCUCCUGAAAGAAUAUAACAACUGCUAUAAAGAGAAUGUCAAAGAAUAUACCAGACACGCCAAGGAUGUUGACCUGUUAUAUCAUUCACUUUUCCAACUGAUAAAGUCCAUUGUCAAAAGUUCAAUUGAUGAAGAACAUAUAGAUGAGCAGCUGAUGACUUCUGUGGUCCUUGUUAUCAACGAUGAAGGAAAAACUAGUGGAAUCCCAGAUGCAAAUGGCACAAGCUUACAAUCUCCCCUCAUUGGCAAGCCCAGGAAGUGGAAACAGUUAUGGGAAGAAACUAUAAAAGAGAACACUACAGAAAGAGUUAAUAGAGUAAAUAUUACUCCGAGUGACAGUAGAACAUGGCUUGGUGAGCAUUUGAAGUCUCUUAAGACAAACAUUAUUCAGGAUUUAUUGAAAGUGAAGAAUUCAUUGAAGCCUGUAUACCCAGAUGAUUACAACGUGUGCAGGAUCUAUACUAGGGGCUUUCAUGAUGCCUUGUCGUCCCAUCUACAAAGAGACAUAUUGCCUUUGUGCGUGGAAUUCAGCCAGCUUUAUUGUCUGCUUGAUUGGAUUACAAACACAUACACAAGUGAGAGUUUUAUGGGUAAUCCUGAUCUCCAGCCAGAAGUUAAUAUUGCCACUCUACCUUCUUUGCUAGAUGAGAAAUCUUACACAAAACUGAAAAAUGACUAUAGAACAGCUUUGCAAGAAACAAUAAAACAGUAUUUCAACAAUAUGCUGGAAUUAGAGAAGCAAAAAUGGAAUAAUGAAGAACAACCUGAUUUAGAAAUGCUGCAAGACAGCUCAAUGUCACCAAUCUACAUAGACGUUGAAGAGAUGACUGGGAAGCACGUUAGACAAUCGUCAAACCUUUCUAAAGAUUUAGAGGUUCCCGCAUUGCUUGCUUGUAUGGAGGAAUUGGGAGUCUUCACUACCAGACUAGAGCAUACAUUCACUGAUUGGUCCACUGGAAAAUUUUCUGCCUGCUUUGUUCAGUAUUUAACCAUCUAUGUGAAUAGCUUCAUUAAACUGAGAAAUAACACAAAACAGUCAGACACAGAGCAAGCCAAGCAAGCAGAAGCCUGCCUGACUAAAGCUAUUGAAGGUCUGAGGAGCCAUUUCUUCCAGCAAUUCAAAAUGGAGACUCAGAAGCCGUUUAAGAAACUCAUGACAAAAAACUGGCUCAGAAGUAACACAGCUUUCAAUGAAAUAAUGAAUUCAACAGAGCAGCUGUACUCUGGUCUAAAAUAUGUGAUGAAACCUCUCAACAAGGAUUUUCAGAAUGAAGUCCACAAAUACUUAGUGAAAGAGUAUAUCAGUCAAAUUAUGAAGAGGAAAACAAGUCUGAAGAGGAUUCACAGGAAAAAAGCUGCAGAAAAAAUGAACCAGGAAUCUGAAAAGAUAAACAAGUCAGCAGUGGAGUUGGGCUCAGAACUGGAGUCACUUUUUCCUGCAAUUCACUUUAUAGCUGAAAUAAUUGGCUUAAAAACCCAAGAUGAAAUUAAGGAGAAGAUGGAAAUGUUAUUUGAGACAUAUCCCGAUAUUGAUGAAGAACAUAUUUUAGCCAUAUUGCAUCUUAAAGGAAUCAGAAGCAGCAAAAAGCUCUCACUGUUGAACUAUUUACAAGUUUUGAAGAGCAGAAAUGAUCAGACUACAAAAGCUGAACCAUCUGAACCACUUUUUGCAGAGAUUGAGCAUUCUACACAAACCAACUGCUUUUCGUUUAUGAGCUAAAAUGUCUUGGUGGCCACCUCAGAAGAGGACUCUGUAGAAGUCAACACUCAAGACACUGAAGGUUGGGAAUCUCAUUAUAAAGAAUGAACUCAACCCUAUAAAUUAUAACCUAUGAAUGUGACUGGACAUAGAAAAUAGAUUUGGAUGACUCCUGAACCUGCCACAAUUUCCAAUCAUGAGAUUUUUCCUUUUAUUAAAAAUAUGAAAACCA